AUGUGGAACGGGUGGGCGCUGUUGGCUGUGCUGGCCUGCGUCUGGAAGCAUGCAGACGCUGCAGCUCCCUUAGGAGACUGGAGGCAGGGCAUUGCGACAUUCUACGGAGGUGCACCGGAUCGCAUGGAUCCCUACGACUUCAGCUAUGGCACAAGCGUCGGCUCCUGUGGCUAUGGCAAGCUGGACAAAACAAAGUACCCCUUCUGGAGCGUGGGUGCGCUGGCAACUUCCAGCCUCUACUACCAGACUGGCCCUGUGCAGGGAUGCGGGCAGUGCUUUGAGGUUGAGUGCCUCCAGAAUGUCGGCCAGUACGCGGGGCGGUGCAACCAGGAUCCCAAUGCGCGCACGCUCACGAUCAUGAUCACUGACUGCUGUCCAGAGUGUGGCCAAGAUCACAUCGACAUCCAGGAAAAGCAUUUACUAAUAAUGAUAACAAUGAAUGAGCUCGCACCUGCCGCAUCUUUUAAGGCCCUGGCAUACCUGGUGUGCAUGCAAGCCGGACACGACCCCCAGCAGGCGGCUGCAUGGGUGCAUGCGCUGACCUUCCAAAAGAUGGCCCCGAUGGGCAACGGCCGAGUGGACAUGCGCUACCGGCGAGUGGAGUGCCACCCGCCCUCGGACUUGAGUGUCAUCGUGGAUCAGAACCGCGGCGCCGGCGGCUGGAUCCGGCUGCAGGUCAAGGAUGCAGCCGGGAGGGGCUCGAUAAAGCUGGUGCAGGUCAAGGGGGCAGACAGCGGCUGGCAGAGUCUUAACAACGUCUGGGGAGCCUCCUGGGAAUCCACAGCCGUCCCCAAGCCGCCGCUGGACUUUCGCAUCCAGGACGACGCUGGCGUGGAGAUCACAACGUUUGGAGUUGUGAAGGCCAACGGCGAGACGGGUGAACUGCCAACGGGGAUCAAUUUCCAGUUCGGGUCAAAGCUGGGCUCAGCCUCUCCCAUCACAGCAGCCACAUCUGCAGCAGCUGCCAGCGCUUCUGCUUCUGCUUCAAAUGGAAAAGUGCCCCAGGUGUCAGCGUUCCAAGGACCUACUCAGCAGUCGGCAGCAUCUGGCCCGGCCGCUAACAGCUCUGGAGGAGCUCCCACCGUUAGUAAUAGUGACAGCACGGUUAGUCAGUCAUCUGCUUCGCCCCCUCCGCCCUACUGGAUGCAGCCGCCGCCGCCCCCUUACUGGUUCCAGCCCCCGCCGCCGACCUACUGGAUGCAGCCGCCUCCACCGCAGCAGGGAUACACCCCCAACGGCGCGCCGCCCCUUUCGGCGCCUUUGCAAUCCCCGUCGGCUUCGGUCGACGGCGCUCCGGUGACUACGCCGUCCUCAUCAUUAGUCGUCCCUUCCGCGCAGCCGCCUGCAGUGGCUGCGUUCUCUGGGCCGCCUGCGCAGAGCCCUCCGCCGUCUCCUUACUGGCAGCAUGCAGAGCAUGUUAUUAUUAUUACACGCUUUUCCUGCCAAGAGGCAAGGAGGAGCAUCGAGUCCCCCUCCGAGCUCUGCCCCCCCGCCGCCUCCGCCUCCAUACUGGCAGGUGUCGCCGCCACCUUCAAACCCAGGAGCAUCCGGCGGUUCAUCUCCCCCUCCGAGCCCUGCCUCCCGAUCACCGCCGCCUCCUUACUGGCAGUCCUCGCCACCUCCUUCGUACCCAGGAGGUGCAUCAAGUCCCCCUCCAAACUCUGCCUCUCCACCGCCUCCGCCUCCAUACUGGCAGGUGUCGCCUCCGCCUUCAAAUCAAGGAUACUCGGUCGCAUCAACUCCCCCGCCGAGUCCUGCCUCCCCGCCGCCUCCGCCGCCGUACUGGCAGGUGUCGCCACCGCCGGCCUCGUGGCAGACCCCUCCGGGAUCCCCCCCUCCGCCACCGCCAACGACCGGGUCCCCUCCCCCAUCCCCGGCCUCCUCGCCGCCACCGCCUUACUGGAUGAGCCCGCCUCCUCCCUCAUGGACCACCCCGCCUCCCAGCACACCCCGGGAUGUUUCCUCUCCGUCACCGCCGCCGCCACCGCCGCCGGUGGGGACCCCUCCGAGUCCCCCCCCUCCGCCACCGCUGCCACCGUCCCAAUGGUGGUCAUCUUCCCCGAGCCCCCCGCCGCCGCCCCCGCCACCACCUUCACAGUGGCAGACGGGGACCUCUCCGCCUCCGCCACCACCGCCGCCGCAGCAGGGGGACUCUUCCAGUCCUCCCCCUCCGCCACCUCCGCCACCACCGCCGCCACCACCGCCGCAGCAGUAGCUGCAGCUGGGGGAACAACAAAUAGAGGAAAGCACAGCCGCGUCUCUUUUAGUCAUCAGCAGGCGGCGACACAGCCACCUGUCAGAUCUCCAGAGCGGCUUGUGAGUGAAUCAAAGCACACUGCCACAGGCAGUGAGAUGUCUAGCGGUGCGAGUUUCAUCAGCAGUCGCUGGCGGAGCGGUGUGUGA